AGAUUCCAACGAAACUCUUUUAUCGGACUGCUGCUCACAUAUGGCUGCGCAUUAUGGAGAAGCGAUUUGUGCUUACCUUUUCAGUACAACAGUAAACGAGAAAAGGAAAAAAAUAUAUAUUGGAUAGAGGGAUCGCAGCCAUCAUGGUCUUAUUACAACAAAGCCAUCUCCAGGCAACCGGACUGGCAGUCAAUUUACGGAGCUUCAACUUUCGUUCCUUAUGGAGAGGGGAUGCGGAACCCUCGAAUAUCGACAGUGUUGCUGAGAAUACUUCAACAGGUUACUUGUCUGGCUAUUUUCUUGCUGCUCUUAGGCAUGUCAGUGUUUGAGAUCAUCCAAUUCAUUGCCGUAAUUGUGAAAAUGAAAAAUAUCGGUGAAGUCAUUCCAAACAUAAUAUGGAUAACCUCUUUCCCACUUGCCAUGGGCGCCCAAGUUUUUUACACCUUCCACAGGCCAAAGCUUUUAAAAUUCUUUGAGAACUGGCAAGAUAUCCAUGCAAUGUAUCCGGAAAGCCAAGAUAACUGCACUGAAAGACAGACUCGCCCAAGGAUGUACUUCAUCUACUUAUUGACAGUCUGCACAUCUGUUGCAACAGUGAUGGUACUCAUCUUGGAUUUUCCUAUUCUACCGUUUCUACCGUCAACAUACGAGCCUUUAGCAGCCAUCCCCUUGCACACUAGCAAUCUGUAUCUCACCUGCGCUUUGUUUGGUGUUUCUCUAUUCUAUGCGUGGAACCUUUCUGCUGCAUCCGAUCUUGUACCGUCAAUGAUCUACUUUCAUCUCGCUCUGGCCUUGAAAAAGACAAGUGAAUUUCUUAAAGAACCACCAAAUUCCAUUGAAGCUCAGACGUUAGAACACAAUUGCAAGAAUCUAGAAGUAAGCGAAACCAACUUUAAUACCCGUACGUCUGUCGGCAAGAUAUCUCAUGAAGGAAAUCAGCAAAUGUGGCAAAAAGCAUGGCUGUAUUAUGAGGCUAUACGCAAACUGAUUAAUGAAAGCAACUCCCGAUUUGGUUCAAUGCUCCUUCUCAAUCACGGAGCCAUGUUCUUCGUAGCAAGUUCCAACGUUUUUAGCAUAUUGCGAUGGUAUCGAGGAAUGUCUUGGCUUUUGCUUCUCGUCAAUGGGAUGAACGCUGCCGCAACGAUUCUCCGCUUUAUCACCACGAUUCUCCUAUGCAGUCGGUUGUAUACUGCUGGCGAACAUCUUCAAUCCAACAUUUGCCGUUUUCUAGCCCAAACAUGGUUUCGUUUAAAACCAGACGAGAGGCAGUUUUUCACGGCUUUUUUGGUGCGUGUACAGGAUGAUGGAAUUGUAGCCUCUCCUCUUGGAUUGUACCCCAUCCGGCCAUCAAUGCUUUUGGCUUUGCUGUCUCUAAUGGUAACUUAUCUCAUCGUUUUACUACAGUCUUCUGAAGUCUCAACAUUCUCGGAAUAUGGAAAUUUCACGGGGCUUAUUACGGGAACCCGUUUUUAUACUCCACUACUUGGUUAAAGGUAAAGGGAAACUGGAAGAUUUCCUUGUUUCUGUUGUCUUUGGAUAAUUAUUUUGCUUGAAGUCGUUGUGAGCAACGCAAUGUUGAAUUUGUAUGGGAAAACUAUUGGGUUUUUGUCUAUAUCGAUUUCUCGUCGUAAAAAUCGAAACUUCAGAUCGUUACGCUUAACCCAAAGUAACUUCGUUCUGUAAAAAGAUUGUAUUCCACGUAAUAUAAUAGUUGAGUGGAUCGAAGCCUUAGACAGGUUUCAUCCGGUAUUCUUGAGACAAAUUGUAGCCACAAAUGAUGUUAUAACAUCCUUGUUGUUUUAGCAUUUUCCGAGGCCGCGCAAAGCAGUCUAGUCUUAUUCAUUAGAAAUUGUUGUUUACGUAGGCUAAAAUAUAUAUUCUUUUUAUUCACUCUAAAACUUACAUGCGAACGAAAUCUAUUAGUCUUUAUAAUGAAUGAGUAGAAAUUACCGUUGCUGAAUAAACGAUGUGAUCCAGCAA